AAAACAGGAAAUGAGAAGACAAAACCCCAAGACGAGACAGACCUCACCACAGUGUGACACCCCCCCCCCAGGACUGGCUAUAGAACAGGUUCCUCUGCUGCAUGUCGGGCUUUUACUUCGUCCUGUCAGGGGUUUUUCCUCCAUAGGAACCUGCUUGCUCUUCUGCAGGCGGUUAAAUUGGUUCAACUGGUUAAAGACACUGUGGGAGAGCACCCUGAGCUUUACAGCCCUUCACAGUUACAAAUAUGAGUGUGGAACAUGCAUCCACUUUCACUUUCACUCUAGCUGUUGUUUCUUGGAAAGGGUGUGACUUGUUGAGAAGUUAUUAAUCCUUUCUGUUCCUGUUUGUGUCAGGCCCGGACUCUGGAUAGGAUCUGGUUCUUUGGCAACAGGGUCGUAGAGUCGUGACAGGGCGUCAGGUUUGCUAUUCUGGGACCUUGGCCUGUAAGAGAGUGAAAAUAAAGCAAUUAAAAAACAGCGCCCACCUGGCCUGGAGUAGAUUAGGAUGUCAUCAAGAUACACAAGAUACAAGACUGCACAGAUAAGCCACACCCAAGUGUGUGUGUGUGUGAGUGUGUGUGUGUGUGUGUGUGUGUGUGUGAGUUUGCCUAUAAAAGAGCAACAGACUAAACUGAAGCAGAGCUCAGCCUUCCUCCCUGACUAGAGACAAACUGAACGGUUAGGUGGUUGAUACGUGGUCGGACCGGUUCCCUGCAGUGAGGUUAAUGCACAGCAGAGAGGUUGACAUCUUUGGGAAUCUCACAGAUCACAGAAUUGAUUUAUCAAAAGGGAACUACUACUACUACUACUUCAUUACCAAAUCAUUCAUUUAUGUUUCUAGUCCACUGACAUGCAGUAUCAAAAAUAAUUGGCAACUACGUCUUGUUACCGUCUGACCAUAAGGGCACGGUUUCCACAGAGGAUGGGUGAGACGUCCUCCUCACUUUUCAAAAUAUAAUUCCGUACUAGUCACUUUUAAAAUGUCAUGUUCGUUAAAAUGAAAAUGGUGAUACAGCCACUUAAUUUGCCUUCAGUUCUAACCCUGCACGUACAUCCUGGAUGUAAUGAAGGUGUAAAUGGCAGAUGCAGUGAGGUAAAAAGUAGAAAUACAAUUUAAAAACUGUACCGACACCAACAAGCUUUUUAUCGCCCUGGUAUUAUUUUUGAUCACUAAAUAUGACUAAAAGUUGGACUAACAGAAUAACUAAACCAUAAAAAGUGACUUGUGCUUCUUUUAUUUUAGGAAUUUGGAGAACAAGCUGUAAAUGUGUUGACGUAUCCUGAGAACAGCCAGCAGAGAUUUGUCUUCGGACUAGACUAGAAUUAGUCUACCUCUUCAGAAGACUGGUCCUGGUGUCAUCCCCUUGUUUUUCAAGUACUAAAUUUACAACCUGCAGGCUAAGAUGGCUUUCCUUUUUAAGGGACGCCCAAAGCGGCUUGCUGAAGAUAUUAAAGCAAAAAGCAAACUGCUGAUAUCCCACACAGGUCAUCUCCCUCUGUAUAAAAUUCCCUUGAAAGAAGAAAAAAUGAAUAUCGCAGAGUGCAAGCGUUUCAGUUUUGGCCGUGAGUCCAGCAAACAGAAUCGCACCAUAAUGGUUCUUGGAGCAACUGGGGCUGGGAAGUCAACUCUCAUCAAUGGGAUGAUCAACUACAUUCUGGGUGUCGAAUGGAAGGAUUCAUUUCGGUUUAAGUUAGUUCACGAGGAUCCAUCAAAAUCACAAGCUGAGAGCCAGACCUCUGAAGUCACAGUGUACAAAAUCAACCACCAGGAGGGGUUUAAAAUCCCCUUCUCUCUCACCAUUGUGGACACACCAGGGUUUGGAGAUACUGGAGGUAUAAAAAAAGACAAGAAGAUCACAGAACAGCUGCGUGAGCUCUUCUCUGCUCAGUGUGGGGUCAGUGAGAUUGACGCUGUGUGUUUUGUAGCUCAGGCUGCUUUAGCUCGACUCACAGCAACACAGAAAUAUGUGUUUGAUUCUGUGCUCUCAAUCUUUGGCAAAGAUGUGGCAGAAAACAUCAGGGUUCUGGUGACAUUUGCAGACAACCAGCGCCCUCCAGUUCUAGAGGCAAUCAAUGCUUCAGGUGUGCCAUGUCCCAAAACACCAAAAGGGGAGCCACUUCACUUCAAAUUCAACAAUUCAGCUUUGUUUGCACUCAACAGAUCUCCUGCAGCAGAAAACAUGAGUGAGGAUGAUGAAGAUGAAGGCUUUGAUGAGAUGUUUUGGGACAUGGGGACAAAAAGCACGAAGAGGUUCUUUGUUGCUUUGAAUGCCAUAAACACCAAAAGCUUGACAUUGACGAAAGAGGUCCUCAGAGAAAGACGGCAGCUCGAGGUUUCAGUUGAAGCUUUGCAGAAGCAGGUUAAACUUGGGUUAGCUAAGCUUGAGGAGAUAAAAGAGACAGCUGAAAAAGUGAAAAAAUACAAGGCAGAGAUCGACAGAAAUGAGAACUUUGAGUUUGAAGUUAGCGUUAAAAAGCCUGUUCAAAUAGACAUUUCUGGAACUGGAACUUUCAUCACCAACUGUCAGCAGUGUCAUUUCACCUGUCAUGAUGAUUGUGCCUAUUCAAAUGAUGACGAUAAAAUACACUGUUGUGCAAUGGGAUCAGAUGGAUACUGUAAAAACUGUCCAGGCAAAUGUCAUUGGAGAGUACAUCAUAAUCAGAAGUACAGAUGGGAUUAUCAGGAAGUUAAAGAAAAACGAACAAUAAAAGAGCUGAAAGAAAAGUACGAUGAAGCCAAAGAGGGUAAGAUGUCUGUCGAGAGAGUGAUUGAGAAACUGUGGGAUGAUUAUCGUCAUAUGCAGGGUGAGGUGGAGACCCUGAUCCAGAAGUCUGCUCAGUGUUUAAACAGACUUAAAGAGAUAGCACUGAAGCCGGAUCCCCUCUCCACUCCAGAGUACAUUGACCUGAUGAUUGAGGGAGAGAAGCAAGAGGCCAAGUCAGGCUGGAAGGAACGAGUUCAGUCGCUGAUGGACAUGAAAGGGAAAGCAGAGUGCAUGGCUAGAGUAGGCAGAGGAGAGAAACUCCUCCAGAGUCCACCUACUGACUUCUAGCAUAGGACUUUAGGCCAGACAAAGAACAAAACCAACCUGGACAGCAGUGAGACCGGUGCCAGAAACCAAGACUAGAACAAGAUCGACAGACAUCAGUGAAAACCAGGACGACAUCGAGGCGGAUGCUAUUCAAGACCAAACCAGAUCAAAACUAAGGCAGACCAAGACGAGGCAGAGACUGAUGCCGACCAAGACAAGACCGACCACAAGUCUGAUACAGACCAAGCUGAGGCUGAGAUGGAUGGCCAUGUAUUACUGUAUAUGUAUUCUACAUUGACACUUGCAGUUAUUAUAUUGAUAUCAUGACAAGUUUACAUUUUGUGUUUCUGAAUUACACCAAAGUAAAACUAAAGCAAAUACGUGAUGAUUUGAACAGCUGCGACCAGCUAACAAUGUUCAGUAGCAGCUGUCUCUGCGCAGAGCUACCAGUCGUUUUUGUUAACGUUAAUUAAUGAGUGCUGACAUAAAAACUAUCGAUGUGCAUUGAAUUCUAUUAUUUUCUUUCCUGUGUCUUGCUUGAAUAAUAAACAAUGAAUAAAAAUCAA